AACACUUAACGGGAAGGAGGGAAGGAGGGAGGGAAGAAAACGAGACGAGAGUCAACUUUUUCCCUAAAUCUGAUCAACCAAACACUGUCUAUUGCUCCACUUACACUCAAAGCAGGCGGCUUCGCAGCAUAUGGCACAUCCAAAGUCGGGGGUCUGGGCUCGCGUAGUGCACUGACAAGAGAAUGAUCAGCGUAUUGGGACGCGGCCGGAAUACAUAACGGUCCACCUCCACGCAGACUGAUACGCUUGAAAGACCUGGUAACUUUUCUUUUAAGUACUGAUUGGUUAAAGACUUUCAUUAAAGUCUUUCAUUUGUUCGCGAGUGUCAGAGGCACCCAUUUUUUAAAAGUAUCUUGUGAGUAUGAUGCCUGUAUGUCUGAUCGUCCUGCCACGUUUCGAUCUGCGUCAGGAGUCUCGCUCUCAGCUGUCAUCAGUCUCGUCUCGUCGUUCAGACGGUCAGGGCCUCGUCACUUCGAGCUUUACUUCAUUUGAGACGACCAUAUUUGGUCUUGUAGCUUCAAAAUACGAGCUUUUUAGAGAGUUGCGGACUUUAUGGAAUGGCAUCGGCGGUGUUUGAGGGAACCUCCCUGGUCAACAUGUUCGUGAAAGACUGCUGGGUUAACGGCAUCCGCAAGCUGAUUAUAAACCCACGGGGCGAGGAAGAGGAGUUCUUCGACAUACGGACCGAGUGGUCGGAUAGAAACGUCUUGUACCUCCACCGAAGUUAUGCGGAUUUGGGGCGACUUUUUAAAAGACUUUUGGAAUGUUUCCCGGAAGACAGACGAGAUUUGUCAAAGUCAUCUUUAAUAGAAGGUCUCAUGAAGAUUAAAGAGGCGAAGGACAUUGAGGUCAGGCUGAAUGAGGUGGAGAGGCUGCUGAAGAAUGCUAUCAGUAUGCCUUGGAAGUUUUCCAGGUCAGAGGUCGUCUUAACAUUCUUUGAACGUUCACCGCUAGAUCAAGUGCUGAGGAAUGACAAAAUCCACAAGAUACAGCCGUGCUUCCAGAGUCCCAUCAAGAUAUCAGAGAUUAUGAGGUCAAAUGGGUUCUGCCUGGCAAACACAGAGACCAUUGUAUUUGAUGAAAAUGUUCCUCAGGAUAAGGACAGACCAUCCUCUACAGACUCGGCCCAGCAUUCGUAUGACGAGGAUGGGAAAGAGUGUCAGUCUGUGGAACAGGACCUCAGUGAUGAUGAGACAGAGGCAUAUGUCACCAACCUGUCCUACUACCACCUUGUACCCUUUGAGACAGACAUCUUGGAGUGAUGAGGACAUUUUAUUGUGUGUGCAGUUGCUGAUGCUAUAAAUCUCCACUCCAACAGUGCAGAAAGCUGUUGCUGAAUGUCUCAUGGCUGCUCAUAGUCCAGACUGCUCGCUAGCAGUGUUUAUAGAUUGCUAUAGAUGGAUGGGGGUGUGGAUAUAGAGAGUCCAUUAGGUAGUCAGUACAUACCAGUGACUGUUGCUAUGCUGAGAUGUGCCUUUGAUGUUGUUCUCACCCAUGUGGUUUAGAAAUUCAGUCCAAUUUAAAGAAAAAGUUUCAAGCCAUUGGAAUCACUGUGAUUAGUCACUGCAGAGCUGUGCUGUCAUUAUAAGCAAAUGAUUGAGUACGUCUCUAAAAAUCUCCAAACAUACUAGUUGUGGCUUUGUGAAAAUAUACAGAAAAUUUAUUCAGAAGAAUUAUUCUGUACCAACUGUGAUGCAGUAGACCACAAUUGCUAGCGAUUUCAAGGCAGCUCUAUGAUCUGCCAAUAUGGGAUUAAGCAAAAAAAAAAAAAAAAAAACCAGUGAAAAUACUAGAAAAGAUAGUUGUUAUGUAAUGUAGUUAUGAAAGUGACUACAUCUGGACAUGCUGGUGCCUCCUGGUAGUAUAAAGGGUUAAGCUAUUGGCACAGUGGCAAUGUAGAUAAGAAAAUAAAGGUAAUAUGUAAAACAUCCUGACUGUCAUAGCAUGCAAGGGCAAACAAAAUCAAUUUCAUAUUUCUCAGUCUUGUUCACUGGGGCUAUAAAUUGGGACAGUUACGACAGACAGUGAAAGGAGCAGAGAUGCACUGAGGUAAAAUUCUAAAUUUUCAGGGCUUUAAUAUAAAAAAAAAUAUACCAGGGUGAACAAUCCAAAACAGUAAAAACAAGGCAAAAACAAGCCGCCACCCCCAAACAAACAAACAAACAAAAAAACAGGCAAAAUCUGUGAUAAAAAAAAAAAUAAAAUCAGAGACAAACACAGUGUCUAAUCCAAAAACUAAUUAAUUCCUCCCCAGACCACCAGAGGGCACCCAAUACUGAUUUUUUGAAUGUCUUCUUUUGUUAUCUGCUCCAUUUCCUUCCUUGAUUGUGCUCACCUGUUUUGUGUUUGCCCAGUUAGUUCCCUAUUUAAGUUCUGUGUUUUCUCUCCAUAGUUGUGGAGCAUUGUGUGUUUAUGCAUAGUUGGUAUGGUUGUGGAUAUUUUAUAUUUGCAUUGUGAGUGUUUUUUUUUGUUUUCAUGUUGAGUUUUCUUUUCUUUGCCUUGCCUAGCCCCAGUCUAGUUCCUUGUUUUAGUUGUUCCAGUUUUUGGGUCCUUUUCUAGUAUUCGCUUGUUUUCUUCGUUGUUUUGUUAUUAAAGAAAUUGCAUUUUGGGACAAGAAAGCAAAGGACAUAGGGAUACAGAGAAAAUAGGAAUACAGUGACCUAACAAAUAAGGCUUAGUAAUCCUGCCAAAACAGAAAACUAAGACUUAGCAAAGAAUGAAACCGAGGUCUUUAUAGAAGCUAAACAAAGUAUAUGAGCUGCAGGUGAGAACCUGAGUGGGUAUGGAUGUUGGGAGAGGAUUCUGGGAUUUGGAGUUCCUGGAGGAGGCUGUGGUUAAGUGGUAGCUCAGUGGUUAAGAUGUUGAUGUCAGACUUCUGAUCGGAAGGUCGAGAGUUCGAAUCCCAGCACCACCAAGCAAGGCCCUUAACCUUCAACUGCUCACUUGUAUAAAUGAGAUAAUUGUAAGUCACUCUGGAUAAGGGCGUCUGCCAAAUACCAUAAAUGUAAAUGUUAUGACAGCCAUUAAUCAUGAAGUCAAAUACAGGAGACCUGUUGUAGGAUAAAUAGUGAGUAUUGGAAGUCCCAAGAGUAGAUAAGACAAGAAUGAUGACUCUUCGUUUGUGGGAGCAUUUUCAUUCAUGAGCUAACUACAAGGCAGAAUUUACCUGUCUGAAUUAUUGCUCAUCCUGUAUUUAGCUAAUGAGACUAGCUUUCCUCGUGUCACAGGGAAAUUGAGGCAUUUCAAGAUUACGGAGCUUAUGGUUACUGAAUCCAGUUGAGAAACUGAAACUACAUGUUUACUUGUUUUGUUUUGCUAGAAGACUGCCAAUACAAACCAAAUCUGUAAGAAUGUUGCAAGUCACUGCAGUCAUUUUUGUGUUUGAAUUAAUUGAAGGGUUCAGUUACUGGUUUAGCACCACACGAAACAGUGUGUUUAACGAAUAAAUGGGAGGAAGCACUGUAGAUUGUAGAUUUUUCAACCGUUUCUCAGCAAGGGGCAGUUUAUGUAACUUAUAAGUAUGCAUAAUAAUAUGGCUAAUGUAGCCAAGUUUAUUGUAAAAAUUCAUCUUGGUCCUUAAAACAUCAAAUGUGCCAAGAAACACAUUUAGAACACAAUUUUAAAUGCCAAAUGAAAAUACUUUAAGGUUAAUUCACAGUUUUUAGGUUAGAAGAAAAUCCAUCCAGUGUCUGCUGUGUUGGGGUUUGCUGUGCACUGAGUGACUAUGGAGAUUAGCAGGACUUUGUCCUCCAAAUAUACACUUGGUACAAGACAUUAUGUUUACACACACACACACACACACACACACACACAAAUAUACUGCUUCCUCUGUGACCCAUGAGAAAAUUCUGCUCUUCCACAAUGAGCCAACUCAAGAAACUAUUUUGCUGCCUUUGUUUUCUUUUUUGCCAUGCAAGUACAAGCUUAACAUGACUGUUUACAUGCAUGAUCUGGAUGUUUAAUAUUUGCAGUUUGUGUUGAAAUGGAAGAACCAGCUAAAUGGAAAUGAACUGAAAUAUUAAAAGGAUGUAGGAGAGCCAAUCAGUGCUGGAUCUUGUUUAAUGAAUGAGCUCUAUGUUUAUUAUUCAUGAACUCAGCUCAGGCAUAGACUAACCUUGUCUAGAGAGGAGCCUAACAUUCCAAUGUGACUUAUGGGUGCUGUUUGAAGAUUCAUAAACAGAGUGAGCUCUGUGCUUUUCUCCUUUGCCAGAGAUGACACUGCAGUUUGACGUAUAAGGAAACUGAAAAACAAGAGUUCCAAUUAAACCACAUUGUCUCUUGCUUUUAGCUGAGAUAAUGUCAAACAAAGGAACAGACAACACAGUUCUGUACAGUGUUGGACUUUGGACACUCCAGUAUUCCGUUUACACUUUCUAUAUUUGAAUAUUAUAAAUUUAAACACUUCCUGGAGCCUUUCUGAGUGGCCGUUGUGCUUUCAUGUAUCUAGCCCUUCCUGCUUGCAGUGAUAUUAAAGAGUACUGAGACAAUACCACCAAGUUUUAUAAUGCACAUAGACAGGGAAGUGUUAAAGGGCUUUGUUUGUAUUCUGUUUUUAUUUAUCAUGACAUACGAUAUUUAUUUUUCUAAUCAUGAAAUUUGUUAUGUAAUUAGUAUUUCUAUGCUGCAUAAACCAAGUCAUUGCAAUUAAUAAAAUAAAUAAAAUGAAACAAAAAAUCAUUUGAUUUAUACAACUGAUUGUAUUAAUAGACAUUGAAUUGUAUUAAUUCUUUUUGUUUAUCAUUUUAAAUCUGCCAUUAAAGCUUGCUUGCUUUGUA